AGAGGAGGGAGGCUGUCGGGUCACCGAUGCUGCAGAAAACCUAGCUCUCCAGAAAUACCGAAAGGCGGCUAAGUUUUGUUCAGAAUGCGUCCCUAAUCCACCGACCAUCAUUCACAGGGAGGAAAUUUAACCUUCUGAUAAAAGCUUCGCUAUUUUUUAUUAUUCCUGGAGAGCUACUUCGCCUCGUUUCCAAACAUGAUCGGGAGAGGACUGUUCCUUUUGACAAUACUGUGUAGCUGCGUUCUUUCAUUGCCGGUGACUUCGAGUCAGCUGGAGAAUGAGGACGUAAAGGUGAUGAAAUGCAUCGUGGAGGCACUGGCAGAUGUGCUAUCAAGGCCACACCCCAUUCCUGUCAGUCAGGAGUGUUUGGUCACACUGAAGACGGAUGACCAGCUUGUUACUAUCCUUCGUCACCAUAACUUUCUGAAGGAGAUGCGGGAGAUUGCUGUUCAAGGUGGUCUGGGGAGAGCUGAUAUGCCCACACCAACAAUGCCAACUCUCCAGGCUACAGAUGAUGUCCCCGAUCGAUCCAUGUUGGAGGCUUUGGGAAGCCCUGGUGAACAAUCCAUCCUGUCCAAGAGGACAGGAAAUGGAGAUGGAAAAGAAGAAAGGGAUGCGGGCGUGGAGGACGGAGAGUCACGGGAGGGCAAUGAAAUUGAAGAAAUGCAGAUAAAGAGGGAGAAUGAUGAGAGCCUGGGAAGCCACAUCUCUGAGUCUGUGGAGGAGUGGAGGGAGGGUGAGGAUGAAAAGAGGGAGGAAGACGAUGAAGGGUAUGGCGAGAAGCGAGCAGAGGAGAAUUCCAAAGAGGAGCGCAUUGCCAAGGAGAGCAAAGAUGAUGGAUCAGAAGAGAAGAGAGACACAAGGAGGAAGAAAUCAAAAGAAGAAAGGUCAGAUGAAGACGAGGAGGAGGAGAAAACCAAGAGGUUUUCACACUUUUCGCAUAUAAACAAGGUCAAAGAGGAAGAACAGAAGAGGGAGGAGACAAAGAGAGGGAACAGGGAGAGCUUAAAGCGGUGGACUAAGGGGACCAAGUCUUUACUGCUGAAGAAGAAAGCAGCUGCGAAGGAGGAGCAACAGGAAGUGCCUCAUCAUUCAAAAGAGGUCACAGACGAAGAGGAGGAGAAGAAGAAAAGAGAUGCUCAGAGGAGUCCAGAAGAGAAGGAGCUGCAGAUGAUUGCUCAAAGGGCACCGGAGGAGAGGAAGGGGCUGGAGGAAGAGGGGAGCGCCAGUAGAAAGUCAGAGGAGCCUGAGAUUGAAAGUCUGGCAGCCAUCGAGUCAGAGCUUGAAAAUGUUGCCCAGAAACUCCACGAGCUGCGGCGAGGCUGAGAGAGAGAGAGAGAGAGAGAGAGACUGGAACAAGUUUGACACCGCAACCUCCUCUGCCUCCUCGUCCUCCUCCGCUUUACCAGCUGCCUGGUUUCCACAGAUAGAGCGCGUGAAUGUGUGACAAGGUUUUAUCUUUCCACUAUUUUUCUUGAGGAGGCCAGACCGCUGCAGCCUCACUCGUGACAUUGACAUAGAGUAGCAUACAGUAGAUGCACUUUGCAGCUAGACGUGCAUACUAACAGCACACAAAUGCGCAAGUACUGCGCAUUCACAUGCAUAACAUUCAGAAGAUUCCUGAAGAAAGGCAACUCGUUUAGCUUCGUUUUCUCUGACAAUCAUGUCUGUUUCUGUAAAUGUAUCUCUUCUGCUUUUUAGAUUAUUUUAACGGUGAACACCAAUUCAUGAGAAAGGUUAAGGCAAAUCCAGGUAUACACCUACAAGGUGAGGUUGUACAGUAAUGGCAUGUAUACAUGUACAAAGCUCUUUCUGGAAUGCUUACUUACUUACAAAGUUAAAAG